CCAGUUCUUCAAGACUUCCUUAUCAACUUGAUGUGGUACCAUAAAAAAAUAAGCGUCAUCACAACCGCCCAGCAACAGAAGUAACGAAAAUGGAAACGGUGGCUUACUGCUCCAGAGGCAGUCUUAGUGAGUUCGCGCGCAUCUCCGGAAGGGUGUCGCAGAUGACGGCUCCAAUCUUUUCAUGGGCUCCGGACUCUCUUUCCCUGUGUCAUGGUGCCGGGUGGCUCCGAGUUUUCUUUGCACGCAGUGUCUUCGGAAAGGAUCCCGCGCCGAAGUUAUUAUUUCCGUUUGAGACACACAGCUUGCGCGGGCGUUGUGGCCACCGCCGCGAGGUCUACUCUUGUGCUUUGGAAGGUUCCUUCCUGGAUAGUUGUUUGGUAUGCAGGUCUUUGACCUGGGGGCGCGUUCAUCCCCGUGGGCUCUUGAUCUGAGUACUUCUUGUUGCUCGAUGACUUUCCAGCAUUUCCCCGGCCGCAUCCCGGCCGAGUUGUCAGGGUUGAGACCUCUUUCAUCAGUGUGCGAGUGGUCAAGCGCACUACGUAUCCGAAGUGAAGCCGGAGCUUCCGGGGAGUUAUUUCCUAUAUUAAACGUUCUUACGCUGAUUCUUGGGCAGCGCUUCUGCCACUAGCUGCUCUUGUGGUUUCGGUAGUUGACAAGGAUUUUGCUAAGGGCCAGGGCGAAGGCGCUUUGUUUCGCCCUUUUGGAGCCUUGUUGGGAUGCUGUGUGACAGUCUUUGGCAUCUCAGUCGGUGUCGUCGCACGCACUCUUGCGUGUGGGGCGGCUGUUCGGUACCCAAAUUCAUCUCCAGCUGGUGCCGUAGGGUUCUUUGGGUCGCGUCGAUGCGUUGCGUCUCCGCCGGUGGGGUAGGCUCUCCACAUGCUUGGUCGCGGGCGCCUGCACCUCCUGACUCCCGGAGCGCACAUCCAACGAUGAUCAUCCAUAGGAUGAUCUAUCCGUCGGAGAAGAUGUUGACUAGAUCAUAAAAUAAGCGUCAUCACAACCGCCCAGCAACAGAAGUAACGAAAAUGGCAACGUCAUCCCCGACCCGCUUGCUGUCCAGCCCCAUCAUUUGGCAAUACUCGCGGAAAGCAGAUCGCUGCGGAUCCCCUUCUGUUGUAGCGUCUUCCACCGUCACCAGCCCCCGGUCGAUCAUCUUUUGUGUGUUGUCCUGGAUAGUUGCGGUCUGUGCGGAGUAGAGGCGGGUGACCAAAAAAAUUCUCUUUUCCAAAGCCUUCACGUUUUUCCCGAGAAGGUCGCAAAGAACGAGGCUGCAGGCGUCUUGCAUCGAGUGGCUGGCGGCAUGUAGACUACAAAACCGGGCGACGCAGACGACCUGCGGAUUCAAAUCGUGCACCCACUGGCAGAAGAGGUGCAGGGCGCUCACGUUCGACUUCGCCGCGUCCACCACGAUACUCACUUCCAACACACCGGUCGCGCCGGUGGCCGCCUCCUUGAGCCCCGGGACGGAGGCUAACAAAUCGAAAACCAUAUCUGUCUCCGUUUGGUCGUCGUAGUGUUGCUUCUGAAUCAGCCGCACCUCCGACGGCGUAUUAAAGGUGAUCCAAGUUGCGCUGUCGGCUUUUUCUGGUUCAACAUCCGAAAGCAGCCAGCUGACGUCACAGAUGGUUAAAAACGCCUUGGCACUGCGGUCGAUCGUCUGCCCGUAGCUCUGUUGUACCCGAUGCCCGACCGGUGUUGCGUCCGCUUCGAUACGAAUUAGCUUGUGGGUGGGCGUAAAUGACUUGCACAGCUUAACCAUGGCCGCCUUGUAGAACUGCAUGAUGAGGAAGACGAUCUUCGAAUAAGCCCGAGCGUGCCACUUCGAGAUGAAGAUGAAAAUGCGUAGGCGCGACGGCAUUUGUGUUGCAGGAUGUGAUUGAGAACGUACAUCAAUCACGCUGUCCUCGCAACACAAAUGCUGGCGCGACUACAAUUUCCAUCAACAUACUAUCCGGCGCGGGCUGGUGCUUGAAGAAGCCGUCGACGGAGUUGCUCCGGUUCUCCUCCUCUCCACUCUUCUGGCCCACACAUGCAACUUUCGUGUCGAGGUCCGGGACAUCAAACUGCCUAGCCGGCAGGGUGCGACCUUCCUUUGGAGCUGAAUCCGAAUGCCCCCCGCGUGGUGGCGUCGCCCAAUCUGCUGCGCUGAGUUUCUCCCCGGCCUUCAGCCGGGCCAUGAAGCCCUUCGGUGCCAUCGCUAAUCGUUUCAGCUUUCUAAGUCCUGCAAGUUCUCGUAGCGAUAGGGAAAACACUGCGAAGUAACCAAAUUCCGAUGCUGUGGUAAAUCUUGAUCAAAUCUUCUAACGUUUCCAAUAUCGGUCGCUGUGAAAAAACAUGUCCACCGUCGGUUUCGGCGAAUGCUAUGCAAAAUUGAGACCAAACCUAUUCUAUCUGAGAAAACCAUGUGAACCGCCUGGAACGCUGCUGCUUGUAUGGAACAAUGGAGGAUCCCGACCAUCUUUUUUGAAUUCAUUUUUUUUGAAAAUGGGUGCAAUUUGUUUUCGAUUUGUUCGUUAGGGGUACUUUCGCGCUAAAAAAUAAGCGUCAUCUUCACAACCGCCCAGCAACAGAAGUAACGAAAAUGGCAACGGAAGCCAUAGUUCGAGGCCUGCUUUUUGCAACUGCUUCAUCAUGUGGAGGUGGACAGGAGUUCUUGUAGUUCGUUGCUUUGUCGCGCGGUAGAUUUUUGGCGACAGAAGUUUCUAUGAUUCUCUGGCAAAUUUUCCCGGCGGAACCUAGUAGGAGCGAAACCAAUUUCUGUGUCAGUGUGGACUUUGAGAAAGUAGAAGUACUUCUUUCCAUCCACGUUUCCCUCUUGGAAAAGAGCGGCUCAAGCUGUCUAGUUUAUCUAUCAGGACCUGGCCUUCUUAUUGUGUCGAAAAUCGCUCCUGCGCACUACAUGUGAUUAUUUUUUCUUGGCGGGCCUUAAUUCGCUACCUGUACAAGGAAUUUUUUACCGCCACAGGAGAAAUUGAAAUUCAACGACUCACUUGACUAUACGUUAUGUUUCGCCAAAAUUAUGUUUCAAACAAUCACACACAUAGAUGGUAAUAUACUCAGUUCUUCAAGAUCAAGACUUCCUGCUUAUCAAAUUGAUGCGGUACAACUACCAACACCAUGAUAAAGUGUCAU